UUUAACCGACCGAUAGGGUUAAGAACAUCAUUCUGGCAAACGUACACCGGUAACCAUUAGAUACAUGGGGACUCAAGAUUAUAAUUUCGAGGAGCAUCUUCUCUGUCCUGUUUGCCGGGAGAUCUUCAGAGAUCCUGUUCUUCUGCUGUGUUCUCAUAGCUUUUGUUCGGCCUGUCUGGAGCAGUACUGGGUGCACACCAGCUCACAGAUUUGCCCCGUAUGCCGGACAGAUUUUUGCAUGGAGCAUCCUCCGUGCAAUCGUGCCCUGAGGAACCUGUGUGAGAUUGUCUUACAUGAGAAGAAGAAGUGUCUGUCAGCAGAGACCGAGGUUUUUUGUAGUCUCCAUGGAGAGAAACUGGAGCUCUUUUGUCUGGAGGAUCAGCAUCUUGUGUGCAGCGUGUGUUUGAAUGUUGAUUUGCACAUCAACCACACAUGCAGACCUGUGGAUGAGACAGCAGAGACUCUCAAGGAGGCUCUCAAAACAAACCUGAAGUCUUUACAAGAAAAGUUCAAACUCUUAAAAUCUGAGAAAUUCAUCUGCAAUCAAACAGCAAAGCACAUAAAGAGUCAAGUUGAGAAAACAGAAACACACAUAAAGAGGGAAUUCAAUGACCUUCACCAAUUUUUAAGGAAUGAAGAGGCAAUGAGGAUUGCUGCUCUGAAGGAAGAGGAGGAGCAGAAGAUGAAGAUAUUAGAUGAGCAAAUACUAAAGAUUAACAAUGAACUGUUAUCUCUCAUAGAGAGAAUUAAAGCCACUGAAGAAGAGAUGGAGUCACAAAACAUCUCAUUUUUGCUGAACUACAAAGGUCCAUGUGAACGUACUCAGUCUACAAGUUCAUGUCUAGAGAAGCUUCCAGAAGGAUCGAUUAAUGUUGCAAAGCAUCUGGGAAAUCUGAAGUUCAGAGUUUUGAAGAAAAUGAUGACUGUCACUAAAUACACUCCUGUUAUCCUGGACCCCAACACUGCCCACCCAUGCCUACAUCUUUCAGACAGUCUGACCGAUGUGAUGUUCGGUCCAUGGAGUCAGCAGGCCCAAGGUAACACAGAAACAUGUGAGGGGUACACGAGUGUCCUGGGUUCCGAAGGGUUCUGCUCUGGGAUGCACUACUGGGACGUGGAGGUUGGGGACAACACAACCUGGGCCUUGGGAAUGAUCUCUGAAUCCGCCAUCAAGACAAGAGAUCAUCCACCCAGUUCCGGUUUAUGGCGCAUAGGUUAUCACAAUGGGAAAUAUGGCCAGGGAGUAUCAGGGGAAGUCUUGAUGCCCCUCACAUUAAAACAGAAAGUCCAUAGAAUCAGAGUCCGGCUGAACUGCGACAGUGGAGAAAUGUCCUUCUUUAAUCUUCUCACUAACGCUCAUAUCCACACGUUCAGGCAUACGUUCACUGAGAGAGUCUUUCCGUACUUUUGUAACGUGUGUCCGUCCGAAGCGCUCAGGAUCUUGCCGGUUCAAGUACCUGUCACAGGAACAGAGGAAUUAUAAAGAUGAAGGUCGAGUUUUAAGUUAAUUAAAUUCAUGAAGGGAUUUGUUUUUUUUUCUCAAAAAUCAAAUAUGUUUGUACUUUUGUUUAUAGCUGUUAGUACAAAUUUUAUGUUAACGGUUCAUUUUCAAAAUUUAAGUUAUGUCUGCUAUGUGAAUAAUUUGUGUAGCGUGACAAAUGUCCGGCUGCAAUGUUGCAAUACCUCCAAACCAUCAAAGUCUAUCAUUUGGACACUGUUGACAUACAAACAACAUUUUUGGCACCUGUGUCCGAGAAUUAUCUUUGGUGCAAUUCUUAGAAUUUUUUGCAUAUCCUGUAAAUUAUACACCUUACACAUUUUUUAAGUAACUCCUUUAUUAUUUCCAUUUUAUGUUUGCAAACUGAUAAGAGGUUUGUUACCCUGAGGCAUUAUGCAAAACUUAAUUCCUUACAAAUAGGUAGGUACAAUUUUUUGACAUACUUAUACUAUUUAUCUUUUUUUACAGUGAUGUUUUUCCUGAGCUUAGGUUAAGUUUAAACUUUUGGUUUGGUCGCAUUCAAAAUAGUCAGUAAUAUUGCCAUAUCAAACAAUAAAUAGCAAACUCUUUAGAAAACUAAAUUUUAAAU